CUACUAAAAGGGACAUAUCCUGUGUCCAGGGAACGCCACGUCAUCAAAAAAAUUCGCCCAAUCAGAAAGAGUUAUUCAUCCACGUCAGAAGCGCGCGUCCAGAAUCGACCAUUUAAUAAGGUGGGCUUCUAUGGGCUUUCUCUGUUCUAUUUUCGGUCCGGUUUGGACCCAUCUCGCAGGAACCCAUCUCGCAGGAACCGAAGUCGAGAGAUAUGAUUCUCCACGCCGCUUACGCUUCGUCUUCUGAGAGAGAAUCAGAUCAAAGAGCAAAGAAAAAAGAAACUGAUAAUUGAUCGAGCAAUUUACUUUCGCUUUGAUCAAUCACUACGUUCUUAAUGGUUCCGUUCCAUCUCCCUCAUCCUCUCCUUCUUUAUAUACUUAGAUUCUCUCCUCCCUCAAACCAAAACCCUAGAACCACUCAAACCUCAAGACAUGGCGAUGAAACGAAAUGGGAAGGCCCCCGUCUCCUCCGAUUCUGAUGAGAAAGUCGUGUUCUUCAAUGAUGUCUCUUUAGGCCCCCAUGAAUCUCAGUUGCGAUUCCGACUCAUCCACUUCUGGGAGGCUCGGAACCCGGUGAAGAAGACAGUCAUUGGUCUGGAGAUGCUCCUCAUCGACGAACAGGGAACUGUUGUUCAAGGAUUCAUCCCACCGGGAAGAAUUAAGAAGUUCUUGCCGGACAUGAAACGUGGAUCAGUUUACAAACUCAUCAACUUCUACGGAUCGAAAAAAAGCCGGUGUAUCGGGUUUCUGACCAUGUCGCGACCGUCUCUUUCACAUGGAACUCUGAACUGAUCCCGCUUCACGACAUUCCCAUCCAUUUCGCUGAAGACCGUUUCAGGUUUCAUUCACAUGAAGAUUUCGAAGCAAAUUGUGAUCUCAGAGGUGACCUCUAUGGUAAGCUCUUUAAUCUUACAAGUAAUCUCUUUGUUAAAUUGCUUUAUGUUUAGAUGUGGGUUCGUUCUAGCUUAGUUUUAUGUGACGUAACUGGUAAAAGUUUUUAUAGUUUUGGUUUAAUAUAUAAUAUAUAAACAUGUUGAUAGUUUAAGUUAAAGAGUUUUUGGUCUGCUUUGAUCAUUCUGUGAAUCACACUACGUACUAAAAGAACAACAUGUUAAUUAGUUUCGUUCAUUUGGUUUAUAAAGUUAGAUCCCUAUAAUUUUAUUUAUCCAUCUAACUUAUACUCUUUAUGAAUAGUUUUGUGUGACGUAACUGGUAAAAGUUUUUAUAGUUGUGGUUUAAUAUAUAAUAUAUACACAUGUUGAUAGUUUAAGUUAAAGAGUUUUUGGUCUGCUUUGAUCAUUUUGUGAAUCACACUACGUACUAAAAGAACAACAUGUUAAUUAGUUUUGGUCAUUUGGUUUAUAAAGUUAGAUCCCUAUAAUUUUAUUUAUCCAUCUAACUUAUACUCUUUAUGAACAAUGUGUUAGAUGUCCUUGGCCACAUGAAGCUGGUCAAUGGACAGACUCUUACUGAGCGUCCAACCCUUGACGAAUUGGAGAUAGCUGCCACUCGGCACGUUUUGGUUCAUGUGCAAUCGCAUGACGGCCCUGUGAUGAAGCUCUACCUUUGGGACCAGGCUGCAACAGAGUUCUGCCAGAAAUUCAAAACCUUUGAAAACACUCCAACAGUGAUUUUGGUCACGACUGUUAACCCCAAACGUCUCGGAGGUACCCUUGCCCUCUCCUCUAUGUCCUCCACACGGGUGUUCAUGGACAAUGAUGUCCAACCAACCAUAGAGUACUCCACCUGGCUCGGCUGUAACCCAGACACUGCUAAUCAGGUUAUUGCAGAGGUGGUAACUAAGCGUGAGACGCUGUCUAUAGCGGACAUAUUCUCCUACAUCAAACAGGACUCUGCAAAGGAUGCCUUUUUUGAAUGCACGGCUACAAUUGAUGAUGUUGUUCAUGGCUCUGCUUGGUACUACAUUGCAUGCAGUGGGUGCCAUUCUAAGGCUACGAAAGGCCCAACGUCGAUGGUGUGUACAAACACAAAGUGUGAGAAGGUUAACACAACUGGUGUUGCAGAGUACCGUGCAAAGAUAUCUGUUUAUGACAACAGUGAGCAAGCUGUUUUUGUCUUGCUUGGUGAUGCUGGUCGUUCUUUAACUGGGAAGCACGCAUCAGAGUUGCUGAGCAGCUACUUUGAGGCCAAUGGGGACAAAGGAGCUGAGGAUGAGGUGCCUGUCCCAGAAGCUCUAAUCAGCAUCAUCGGACAAACGCAUAGGUUUUGUGUGAAAGUGACUGAUCACAACUUCUCAGGCAACACCCGAGCUAUAACAGUCACCAAGGUCCUCUCUCAAGACAUCCCUCCACACACAGAAGAAUCGGUUGGAAACAACAAUGCUGCAGCGUCCAAGGUAACGAUGCUGACCAGAGACGAAGUGUCCGAAUCCUCCAAAAGCCGUGGAGAUUGUGCAAAUGAAGAGAGUAAGAGGGGGUAUGACACUGCUGAUCCAGAGAAGGCUAAACGCCCAAGAUGUGAGAAUUAGAGCUUUGUUCAUCUUCUCAGAUGUUGCAAGGUCCACUAAAUUUCAAGUCUUUGCUUUUCAAUUUCAGAAUUGUUUUCUGGUUUUCUUUCAGUUUCUACAUUUCAGAGUUUUUUGCUUGCAGACAGUUUAAGAAUUGAUUUCUGGUUUCCAAACAAUUAUGUUUUUAAUAUCCUACUCUGCGUUUUUA